AUGAGUGAAGUGCGACAUAGGCGAGGUGACGGCGACGGAACCGAAAAAGUGGAGACGGCUGGCGAAUCUGAUCAUGUGGAUUCAGAAGAAGAAAAAGCAUUGGAGGAGAAGUAUGUAGAUGAACUAGCAAAAUCUCUGCCUCAAGGAACGGAUAAAACCACAGAAAUUUUUGAUUCUGCGCUCUCCGGACUCUCGACGCGAUGGAGAAACUGGGUGAUUCGGGGAAUUUUUACAUGGCUAAUGAUUGGUGGCUUUUGCUUACUUAUUUAUGGUGGUCCCUUGGCUCUGAUGAUUACGGUUUUGUGUGUGCAAGUGAAAUGCUUUGAAGAGAUCAUCAAUAUUGGGCAUGCUGUUUAUCGAGUACAUGGUUUGCCAUGGUUCCGAUCGCUGUCCUGGUACUUCCUGCUCUCUUCAAACUACUUCUUCUAUGGAGAGAGCCUAAUUGACUAUUUUGGAGUUGUUAUUAACAGAACUGAUUACCUACAUUUCCUGGUGACGUACCAUCGGUUUAUUUCCUUCUGCCUGUACUGCGUUGGAUUUGUAUGGUUUGUCCUGUCCCUGGUGAAACGGUACUACAUGCGCCAGUUCAGUCUUUUUGCCUGGACUCACGUCGCUCUGCUGAUCGUGGUGACUCAAAGCUAUCUCAUCAUUCAGAAUAUUUUUGAGGGUCUGAUAUGGUUCAUUGUACCAGUAUCUAUGAUAAUCUGCAAUGACGUGAUGGCUUAUAUCUUUGGGUUCUUCUUUGGGAAGACGCCGCUCAUCAAACUCAGCCCCAAAAAGACCUGGGAGGGAUUUAUUGGCGGCGGAGUGUCCACUGUAGCAUUUGGUCUUCUGCUAUCGUACCUAAUAUCCCAAUACCCAUAUCUGGUAUGCCCCAUUGAGUACUCGGAGUCUUUGGGCCGUAUGACGAUGGAUUGCGAGCCCUCAUCUCUAUUCCGUCUGCACGAGUACACACCGCCUGACUGUCUUCUGCCGCUCGUGAGAUUACUCGGCCAUGAUACGAUCACAAUGUACCCAUUCAUGAUUCACUCGCUGUCUCUCAGCAUCUUCAGCUCUGUCAUCGGACCUUUUGGUGGAUUUUUCGCAUCUGGAUUCAAGAGAGCGUUCAAGAUAAAGGACUUUGGUGACGUGAUUCCCGGUCAUGGUGGUAUAAUGGACCGCUUCGACUGUCAGUUCCUCAUGGCGACGUUUGUCAACGUAUACAUCACGAGCUUCAUACGCACAGCUACGCCACAGAAAUUGUUACAACAGGUGUACAACAUGAAACCAGAACAACAGCUGCAACUCUUCUAUGCUCUGAAGGAAUCGCUUGAACAUCGGAACAUAUUAAAUGCUAUACAUUAA